AUGUCGCUGCCUGUGGGGUACAUGGAACCGCCGAGUUACAUUCAGCCGUCGGCGCUCGUUGAGAUCCUGCGUAGCCCUAACACGUCGCCCAAACGUCCCAUUAUCAUUGAUGUGCGCGAUACGGACUACGUUGGAGGCCACAUCCGCUCGGCAGUAAACAUUCCCGAGGACAAUUUCAUGGACGACGACGACGUGGACGCCCUUGUGGAAAAGUACAAGGACGAGGACGCCGUUGUCUUCCACUGCAUGAUGAGCCAAGUGCGUGGACCUUCCUGUGCCAAGAGGUUUAAGGCGCGGAUGGAGGCUGUGCUCGAAGGCGCUGCGCACAAACCCCGAGUGCUCAUUCUCCACGGUGGCUACGAACGGUUUGGCAGUAUGUACAAGAACGAGGCCGAUCUCAUCGAAAUGGACGACUGA